AAAAAACAACCCGCUCUAGUCAGCAAACAUGUAUGAGUAGCUGUAAUGCAAAGAGGGAUACAAGUCACAUCAACACAGUCCGUAGGAAACAAGGUAGCGGCAAGUUGUCAAGAUACCACCGAUCACAACGGAACGCGCUUUUGCUGGCGGAAGUUUACCGCUGAGGCAUCGGAUGGAUGAUGAGGAGGAGGACAUGUCACGGCCUAUCUCGCAGCUCUGGGGAACCCCCUUUAUGGACGUCAAAUACGAAGAACGUGUUACACAGAUUGCGGCUGGACAGGCCAUGGCUGCUGUCACGACGAACAGCCACAACAACAACAGCAUCGGCAUCAACUCACUGCCCUGCGGCAUGCUUCGGCAGCCUCGCAUACCCUUUCACGGCAACGCUGGAUUACGCUCACAUUUCCCCGCUCAGUUUGAGCCCAUGGAGGACCGGGGAGAGAGGCAAAUUGAAGAGGAGGAGGGCAGAGGGGAGGAAGAUGACAGGAUGGCAGAGAGGCCCGAGGAGCAGGCAGGGGUGAGCGUCGAGGCGCAAAUUGGUCGUAAACUUCGGGAGAUCGGAGACAAGUUCCACCAGGAUCACGUUGAACUGUUCAUGAGGGGUCGGAGACAGAACCUGCCUGCCUGGAUGCGCCUUACGAUGGCCCUGUUUGGCUUUCUGUUUCCACGAGAGGCUCUCUUCCCCCGCCUGAGAGGAGCGCAGAGAUGAAGGAGCUUCUUUCUGGCCCUCACCUCAGCCCCCCCCCCUCCUUAUAGGGACAAGGGACCAGACUUUUAAAGAGAUGGCACUGUAAGAUGGAACACGGGUUUGGAUUUUGUUUUCUUCGUGACCACGAAGAUGAGAUGAAGAAAACACUUGUCACCGCUGGACGGAGACUGACAAUUUUUUUUUUGCUUUUUUUUUUUUUUUUUGCUUUUUUUUUUUCGCCUCUCCGAGAAGAAGCCAUUGCGUUUGAAGAGAUAUUUUCGAAAUGUUUGUAAGAUUACCUAUUUUGUACAGUAAACUGCUCUUUUUAUUUGGUGUUUCAAGUCUUGAAGGACCUCCAUCAGUCCAGGGAAUGCCUUAUUCUCUCCUGCCACAGUACAACUCUUUUGCAACGAGGAAAUCAGUGAAAAACAAGAGACUCCUUUUUAAGAUUAGGCCACUUUUUUUGGCGUCAAACUGGACGUGGACAUGUCUGUGCUGAAGUUACUGACUUUAAACCUUGAGGACUCGAGGCAAAUUUCUAAUUUAUUCUCAGAAAAACAAUAAGCCCUGUACUUAUCCUUUACUGUUUCACACUGGCUCAUUUCUGAAUGGUUUUCAUGACAUUGUGACGGUGCUACACCUUGAUGCUGCACUUGCCAGAUUCCACUUUAGACAUAGUGACAUCAUCAAGUCUCAUCCAUCAGCCUCUCCAUCUCUAGUUCCACUCAUGCUGUUAGAAGUGGCCUAAAAACCCACUCAGAUCCUGUUGAUUUAAAGGAGAAACACAUGUACUUGAAUGUAGGUUUACUGAAGGUAUUUUAGUCGAAUAAUACCCAACAUAAUCGUGAUUACUCUUUGAAUUUGUGAUCAUUUGUCUGUAGGAGUGCGUGCUUACUGUUUCCAAAAUCUGAAGUCAUUUUGAAACCAAAUAAGCACAAACAAAUCUCCUUUGUGGGAUCACGAUCAGGGAACUGGAAAAACAAUCACACAGCUGAAAAGCUUUGGAGAGAUUUCAUCGUUUUCUAAAGCUUUUCAGUUUUUCUUUCUCUGGCUGGAGUGACAAUCGCAAUUUAGCCCUUUGCUGCAUUGGGUGGGAGACUUGUGGGAGAGAUGACAUUUAUCAGCAUUUCUAUUGGCGAGCAAUAUUCAAGCCAGUGGAAGGAAAGGAAAAUCUUAGGGAUCUGUUGCAUUUGCAAUCAAACUGAGAUUACACCUCUUUCAAAUUUCUUUGUUACAGAAAGAUUUUGGGUCAAAGUUACAGAGAUACAUUUUUAUUUUAUUUCGCUCCAGGUGGAAGUGUUUCGAGCACUGAUUCAAUCCCGAUGUGCUGAUACAUGUUACGUAUCGACCUUUCAUUCAAGUGCUUUCUUUCACCAAACUGCCAGUGGUAUAUCCAGCUUCACCGAGAACUUAGUAAGAACAGCUCCUGUACAGUUCAGAAAAACAUUUUUACUCGCACACACAGACACAUUUUAAGAGAAGGUUUAUACACCCUUUUUGCAACGACACAGCCACUGUUUAAAGUAAGGUUUAUUAAGUCUUUAAGGACUAGAAAUAAGAUUUAAAAAUGUCGUCAUUGGAUGUAUUAUUUCAGUCAUGAUAUGAACUUUUGAAGACACUGAUGGGUUUUUUGUUUUCUUCUUCAGGGAGUAGUUACGGACCAUGUUAAUUACCUGAUGCUUACUAUGAGUUGCAAAUAAUCUGCCUUUGAGUUAGAAUAAAAUAUAUUUCAUUGGACUUUUUAUGUUAUCCAAAGUACAUUCUCUCAACAUCAACAGAUUUAGAGGUUACGACUCGAGUAGCUAAACCAAAAUAUUGUUUCCUGCAAACAAUGAACGCUGAGCCAAUUCACGCCAUUUUUAACUACUCCCUGUCCUUAAUGAGAACAGGUUUCAUUUUGUUUUGGUUUCUUUUUGGAUAAUUUAUUCUAAUUUAUUUUGUGUAUAUUUGCUCAGUUCUACUGUAUAGAUGCUAUCUCAGUGUGUACAGUCCUUUUCUUCUCAUUGUUGAUGCGCAUUCAGUUGCGUGUUUGAUGCCUGUGUGUGGGGAGGUUGGACUAAAAGCCAUGUGCCUCGUGAGUUCUCACUCUUAACGGUGUGAGUCUUUAUAAAUCACGUGAACAGCAGACAAUCAAAUGUACAAAAUGUGCCUUGUGAGUAACAGACCUGCCACAUCAUCAUCAACACUUGGCAUCAUUAUUCAAAGUCACUUGCCACAGCCCUUGUUUCACUUGGGCUCUGUGAGAAGAACAUGCUACGAUACAAACGACUUGGCACAAACAGUAUGUCGUGUUCGUUGUGCCUUGAUACACAAAAGAUCUGUUUCACGAGGCACAGGUUCAACCUUUGACGUCUCUCAGCACAAACGGCGAGUUUAACCGCGCUUCUCAAUAUCAGAAAUGACUGUUUGCAAUCAAUGUGCACUGUAAAAACGAUUUUUUUUUUUACCUGUAUACUGUAUUUUUUGCGCCUCUCUCUUUCUACUCCUGUGCUGAGCUUCCCGUCUAGAAACUCUUUAAGGUCUGUAAUAUGCUGGAUCUGCCUAGCUCGCCUGGGUUCUUGUGCUUUAUUAUCUACAAUCUAGUAGGGCUGUGGGUUUACAUUUGAAGGAGGAAUGAGUCACCAUGGUGCCCAGUAUUAUUUGUAUGUGAGCUGGGUUGAACAGCCACUCAGUCGGUUACCAACCACUGUUGCAACCCUGACUCAAGUGAAACAUUUUGUUAUUCGUUCAACCUUCAGUGUCUUUAAUAUCAAAUUUCUUCGAUUCCAUUUUUUUAAUAUCAAAGAAAAAGUGCAUCUUUACUGUCAAGUGCUGUGAUUUGGUGUUUUUUUUUAUACAUUUGACAUGAAUUUGAAACAGCUAUUGUGGCUAUCUUUAUAAAACAUUUUUAACAAUUGUUUUCCAUAUCUUUUUGUAAUAAGACGAAGAAAGAUCUACCACAACAAACUUUUUUUUUUAGGAUUGCUUUUUUUUCAAUGUUGUGGCAUUUAACAUUUUGGAUAUUGCCAAGUCUGCUGUGUCACUCUCAGUUCAAGGGCUUUUUUCAAUAUAUGUAAAUGGAGUAAAAAUGCAUGUCCAACAUUCCUGAAAAAAUCUGUAUCUUAAGGGUUUGAAUGUAAUUUAAUGGAGUGAAAACCACGAUAUCUCUUUUAAUACAUGAACUGAACAGUGGAACUUCUUUCAGACUGCCGUGCUUCGUGCGCAGGGAGUUUGUAUUGUCUUCACAUUUCUUUCUUUACGUUCAGAGUGGUCUCAAGGAUUUCACAUUCAUGUGUCCUAAUGAAGUGAGACCCAGUCCAAAUGUAGCAGUUUUUGUUAAAGCAUUGUAUGUGUUAUCUUUGGGACUGCUCUGUGUCGACUGCACAGUUUUCAAACAGCGCAGGACAUGAGGCGAUGGAGGGAACAGAGGGACGGGGGAUGUUUGUUCUUUUUCUAGUGCAAUAUGCUGUACAUAAGAGCUUGGCUCUCGAAAUCUUACAAGUUCUCUUAAUUUCUUCUGUUGUUAAAUGGGUACAUUGCUGUUUUUUUUUUUCAUUAAAACUUUAUGGACAAUUUAAAA